ACGUCCCUCCUAUCUCAAGUUUAGUAUCCUGUACUGAAAUUGAAGUAACCAUGAGGACUCUGAUUGUCUGUGCUCUUCUGGGCUUAGCAGCAGCUGAUAAGCGUCCUCCAAGCAACGGCUAUGGCCCUCCACCAAGCAGUGCCUAUGGUCCCCCAAGAAAUGGAUACGGCGUAGAUCCUGCAAUUGAAGCCCUGGCUGGGAACAUCCCUGGAGGUGGUGUCCCUGGAGAGGACUACCCUAUCUUGGCCUCUGUCCCUGAUACCGGAUUCGACUGCAACGCCCAGAAUGUCCCUGGAUAUUACGCUGACACUGACCCCGAGGCUGGCUGCCAGGUCUUCCACAUCUGCCAGGACAGGCCCAGUGGACGCCGUCAGCAGGACUCCUUCCUCUGCCCCAACGGUACCAUCUUCAACCAACAGUACCUCGUCUGUGACUGGUGGUUCAACUUCGACUGCGAUGACGCCGAAUCCUUCUACUCAGUCAACGAACUCAUUGGAGUUCAGCCUUAUGGUUAUGGCAAUGGAAAUGGUAACGGCAAUGGCAAUGGUAACAAUGGCUAUGCCUCAAAUGGCAAUGGAAACGGUAAUGGAAACAACGGGUAUGGUUCCAACGGCAACGGAAAUGGCAAGAAGAACGGAAAUGGAAACGGCAACGGUUUUGGUGCUAAUGGUAAUGGAGCCGCCUCUGCUCCUAGCAACAGUUACGAUGCCCCCUCUGCUCCUUCUGCUCCUUCUGAUUCGUAUGGAGCUCCUUUCUAAAGUUAAAGCAGUCAUGCAAAUGAAAAUGUUUUAAGCUUUGAACGCCAUCGAUAUAUUAUUAUCUUGGUUUCUAAUAUUUCUCUGAUUACCUUUCCUACAGUUGUCUUUCAGUAUUUUUCUUGUAUUAAAGUCUUCAACAUGUAUAUUUUUGUAUAAUAAAAGUGCAUUGCGUAUAUAAAA